ACGGCGUAAACUGUCAAAGAAGUUGUCUUGAUCUGGAUGAUUAAUCUUUGGCUUUUGGACAGCCCAUUCAAAGCGACAGACUUUCAAAAUUAUUUUUUUUCUUGUCUUUUUAUGACGUUCUUCUGUUUUGCCUUGUAUCUCUUCCUUCCUUCCUUGUUGCCGUUGGGAAACUCGCCAAUGGCCGCCAUGUGAAAGCGGCAAUAGCAUUUUUCUUUUUCUUAUUGUAUAAACAAAUCAAUUUCUAUGGUACGCAUGAUGAUGACACUUGUGUUUCCACGGGAAUUUGUCCACUCGAUUCGGACACGGUCGACGCGUUUCACUCUCCGUCAACCAGCUAUUUCUCGCUUUUAACAAGUUUCACUCUUGUUAGCAGAAAUGGACUAUGGAGGCCGCCAUACGGCGGGUUCCUUUUCAUUUCCCGUCCUCAAGCCUUCCGAACUGUUGAGAUGCAUGACCGAUUUGGGAAUGCCCUUUAGCGAGGAAGACUUGACAAAACCCACAAUGCAACGCAUCUUGACCGUCUACGAACAUUUCACAGAAAUCCUCAUGGGUGUCACCCGCGAACAAUAUGGUCAACCGAGCUUUAGCGCAAUGCAGAUCCUCGAACACCCAGACUUGCACCAAGAUUCGAUAGGACUGAUUGCAUACUAUAGACAAUUACGAAAGUUAAUGGUGGAAGUGGGAGUGGAUGACUUUAGUAUGCGUGACGUCUUACGCCCCGAACCACCGCGCGUACGUCGAUGCCUGAGCGCAAUCAUCAAUUUUGCCAAAUUCAGGGAAGAGCGAAUGGGCGUAUUUGAAACAUGUAAUCAAAAGGCGGAAGAAGCUCUCGCAAGAAAGGACAUGUUGGAACAAAAGAAUCGCGAACUGUCAGAACAAGUGAACACGCUGCGACUGCAGCGUGCUGAACAAGAGCCUGCUGCUCAGAAAUUACGGGAUGCAAACUCUACCCUGACAGCCGAUCUCAGGGAGCUGAAAAAGCAGCAAACGGCGCUUACAUCGGAAGCUGAGGCUUUGAAAAAAGAAAAGACAGAUCUGGCUGAAAAACUGGCAAAGACUCAAAUGACCAUAAUGAACCUCAAGCAGGACUGCAUCCGACUAAAAUCACGCAUAGUUCAGAGUCCGGAAAAGCUGAAAGCGUCCAUUAGCGAGAUGAACAAUUCUUUGCAAAGCGACAAAGCCACAAUAGCUGCGACCGAAAAGAAAGCUCGCGAACUACAGAAUAAGAUUGACAUGAUGAGCUUGGUUGAACAGGAUAUCGUCACCUGCUUAAAGCUGAUGGACGAAUGCGAAGUGGAACGGCAGAAGGCGGAGACAGCACUGAAGAAAGUGUCGACUGACAAAGAGAACAUUGAUAAGAAGCGUGCAGAGAUUCGCGAGCUAGAUAUCAAGGAGGAGCAAUUAAAGAGACAGCUCAACAGUGCGAAGGAUAAGCUCGCCCGUCUCGAAAAGCAUCAGUCGGUCAAAAAUGACGCCAUAUCAUCAAAGCUGGAAAAGUUGAAAGAAGAGUACCGGUUGGCGAUGACGGAGCGGGCACAGUCUCAAGCGAAAGCCGACGAGAAUGAAAAGGUUACAAUCAUGACUGAGGAGAAGGCUGCGGAUCUACAAAAGCAGGAAGCGAUCGAUGCUGCCGGCCUUGAAGACCUUAUUGGCAAACUUGCGUCACAGGUGGACAUUUACCAGAAUGCCAUUGAAAAGGCAAUGGCUGCGGCAUGACAUUGCUGGCCGGCACUUAUGCAUAUGCAUACAUCAAAACCCUACAGUGCUAAGGACCCGCCGAGCUGAGACCAACCAGUCAACCAGUCAUUACACGUCCUUUCGAAGCCAUCAGCUACCCACCAUUCUCGAGUGGAAAGGGUGAUUGUAACCGCUGCAGUCUGCUUCUCUAUUACGGACGCGGUACCACAGAGACAUGUGCUUAGCGUGCAAAAGUCAUCUCCUAAAGAAACUUCGUAUUAAGAAUUUGUACAUUACAUAAAGAUACACACUGUUUAUCCA